AUGACCUGCGAAAGCGGUUUCGAAGGAAAUAGCGACAUCUAUGGCUUGGGCGUAAGGAUCGGCGUUUACCUCCAAUGGUGUACAUCGAUACUGGCUCAGAAUUUCUAUGAGCCUGCUGUCGAAGGGAUGCAGGACGCCAACAGCACGUACCAGCUGGCCAUGACAUGCGGCUUCAUGUUCAUUACCAGUAGACCGAGCGAGGGGCUCAAAACAAUUGAAGGUUACAUUGCCCUGCUUUUUUGUUUUGCUGGUGCCUGCAUUUCCUCCUUGCAGAAUCGAUCGGCCUUCUCCACCGUCCUGUCGAAAAAUGGUGUCGGAGAACCUCCACGACGUCGUGUUCGAACCGCAGGCGAUAUGCUUCUCAACGCUAUCAUUUCUUCAUACGGCAUAUGGUUUUUGUUCAUCGGCAUUGGGAAGCUCGAGCGCACCGUAUGCCAGGAAAGGGCGUUCUUCUUCACGUCUGUGGCUUUAUUUGGGUGGUUUCGGUUCUUCCUCAGCGCAGGCUUCAUCUUGGGUCUUCUAGUGUCAACACUCUUGCUAGUCGCCCAGGCGAUAAUACUCAUAAGCUGGGUUUCCAAUAGUCUCGACAACAACAUCAACAUGAAUCAACGUAUCUUUGGCGGCGUGAACGACCCAACGCCUAAUUCGACUCGCCAGAAUCAGCGGGUAGAUGUGACUAUCUCUACAGGGCAGCUUUUUGGAAGCAUGCUUGCGCUUGGACUGUUUAUUGCGGCGGUGGAAGAGACUUUGGAUUGGAACAACAUUUCGGGUGUUCACCAGUGUGCUGAUUUCAGCCAACUGUUUCCGCUGAUGAUAGGAGCCACAAACUUCGCUCGCGUCGCGGCACAGUUUCUCCUGGAUCAUGGGAAAGGAAAAAUUGCAUUGAAGUGGGCAAAAUGA